GGUGGCUCCCCCUGACCUCUAAAGAAAGAAAGAAAUUGGAGUCUGAGACUUGAGGCCCCAGAGAAACUGUAGACUGCCAGCAGGGGGCGAUGGCUGUGGCCCUGGGUUGUGCGAUCCAGGCCUCCUUGAAUCAGGGCUCCCUGUCUCAGGAACAUGAUACUGACAGUGAAGUCUUCCGUCAGCGCUUCAGGCAGUUCCAGUACAGAGAAGCAGCGGGGCCUCAUGAAGCUUUCAACAAACUCUGGGAGCUGUGCUGUCAAUGGCUGAAGCCAAAGAUGCGUUCCAAGGAACAAAUCCUGGAGCAGCUAGUGCUGGAGCAAUUCCUAAGUAUUCUGCCCCCAGAGAUAGAGACCCGUGUGAGGUCAUUUGGCCUUCGACCUACAGAAAUGAUGUUGGCAUUCAUAGAAAUCUUACAGUUGGAACUGAAGACACCAGAGCAACAGAUCGAUAGCCAGGAAAUGUUCUUGGAAGAACUGGCACCAGUGGGAAUGGAACACAUUCCACCAAACAUGCACCUGGACUCAGCCCCGCUCCAAGUGAUGGGAGCUGCCCCGGAGGCUGCAAUGGCAGAGGCGUGGAUGCCACAGGCAGGGCCUCAGGAGCUGAACUACACAGCUGCUGGGGAAUGCCAGCCCUUUCCAGGCCCGGGUUUCCAAUCCCAGUGGCAUGUCUCUUCUCCCGGAGGCUGGCCAACCGUGGGGACAGGCACAGAACCCCCAGAGUGGCCAGCACACCGCCUUCCAGACCCUGAGCUGAGGUUCCCAGUGAUUGACAGAGAAGAGCCUUGGCCAAAGGAGCAACUACACAAUCCUCAUGACGUGAAACUAGGAUUCUACGGCACCGGCGUAGACAGGAAUGUGCUCCUUGGUCCCAAUUUACCUGGAAACUCGGAGCAGCUUGAAAAUCCAUUGAGACACCCCACAGAGCUGCCACCCAGCGACAUGACAGUGCCUGUCCCUUCUCAGAACCCUUGUCUAGGAGAGACAGCUGAGCGCGCCAAGGUGCCAGAACCCUGCGGCCCCAGAGCCCCUGAGCAGAGCUGUCCCAGUGAGAAAUCUUACUCAUGUGUCCAGUGUGGGAAAUGUUUUGCUACCCUGAAACUGCUUAAGGGGCACGUGAAGAUUCACUCUGGAGAGCUCCCUCACAAAUGCACUAUUUGUUUGAAAAGAUUCCUACGUAAGUCAGACCUAACCAGGCAUUAUCGCGUUCACACAAAGGAGACACCCUAUGAGUGCAGUGUGUGUAAAAAGCGAUUCAGUCAGAAGACACACUUGGUCAUACAUUCUGAAUAUGAAUCAUACCGAUGUUUGGAGUGUAGGAUAAAAUUUUGUAAUAGAUUAACUUUUCUCAGACACAUUAAAAUCCACACAGGUGGAAAACCCCACGGCUGUUUCAUUUGCGGGAAAAGAUUUAGGCGAAAGACAAAUUUUACUUUGCACCUACAAACCCACACCUCAGAAAGACCUUAUGUAUGUGAAUACUGUGGCAAAAGCUAUAGACAGAAAACAAGCCUCGUUUCUCAUUUAAAACUGCACAGAAGUGCAAAGCCAGACAUGACUCAUUCUUUUGUACAUCUUAAUAUGCACCAAGGAACUCACUCUAGAGAAUUUUCAGAGAAUUUGUUGAGGGAAACAGCUCAACAAAUCGAAACUCAUUCAUGAAAGCCUUAACCUGCUCCAGGCUGUCUUGGAAAGACAGUUUGGUUUGUGUCUGCCUAAGAAUGGCUUUGUGCUUUGGUAUCUUUAAAACCCAUCUGCCAAGGUGUGUAGAUCCUGAAGUAGCUGCCAGCUGUUGCCACUGCCCUGCAUUUGGUUUCUUUCUGUCUAGAGGAAUCACGUUGAAUCAUUUUGAUGAAAAUGUUUUCUCCCUAGCUGACGACAGUGUACUUGUCCCUAGCUGACUACAGCGCACGUGUAACUAAGACGCAUGCACAGGCGACUUUCCUCUCAGGUCUAGGGCCAGUGUCCCAGUCACGGGGAGCCGCCCCAUGGACCUGCGUCUGUGCAAUAUUUUAUUCACCUGCAAAGUACAUGCCUUUCCCCUUUCAUUCCCACUGACUCAUUGUCAGCAACAUGCAGAUGCUUCCCUGAAGUGAGUCAUGACCACGUCCUUGACACGAUUAUUCCUCUGUAGCCUCUGCCAUGCCCAUGCAUUAUUUAGCCCAAUGCAUUUAAGUUCAAAAGUUACCUGUUCCCCAUGCAGGGCGUGGUAGAGUUGUCCAUGCAACUGUCUGCUACUGUGGUGGUCAUUUUAUUUCUUCUUUGCCCCAAGUUGGCCGAUGUUGAUAUUUUCCUGUCAAUUCUUGAUUGUAAUACCUUGUCAUUAAUAAAUGGAGUUCAUUUUG